AUGGGCGACUCCAUCAUUGACGUACGUGGGCCCCCACUUCCUGAGCUGACGAGAGAGCAACUGCAGACCAAUUGGAUCUGGUUACCCCAUUGGUCCGAGGAGACGAUUUCUACAGGCAAAGUUGCAGUCUUCCAGCGCAACUUCGAGGUCAUAGGUAGUCCUACAGCUGCUACCAUACAUCUGACAGCCGACACACGGUACAAGUUGUUCGUUAACGGCCGUCGCGUUGCUGUAGGUCCGUCGCGGAGUACUACGUCCUUGUGGUUCUUCGACACUGUCGACAUCGGCGCCUUCCUUCGACAAGGUCACAAUGAAGUGUCAGUGCACGUUAUGCGUCUGUUCCCAGCAGCCGAGGGUGGAACGCCAUUCGUGCGCUCCUCCCUCCCAGGAUUAACAGUCGUGGGGCGAGUUGCGAUGGCCGAAGGAGACUGCGUGCUCGACUCAUGUAGCGGGUGGACAGCGUACGAGACCGGGCUGCGUUUCGCGAUCGACAUGGAAGACGAUGCCUUCUUGAAGGUGUUUGAGGAGGUCAAGUUGCCAGCGUUUCACAUUCCUACCAAGGCCCAGCCGUAUUCUUUCUCCACGUCCACGGGGGGCAUGACACCAUGGAGUUUGGAACCGCGCAUUAACCCCUUGCCAGUUGCGUCCGAAGGGAACGUUCAAACUGUGCGAGUAGUGUCGUCUCACGUCGACUCGGCCUGGUCCGAUUUCUUCCUGCACGAUAAGCCAAUCUGUCUUCCGCCACAAUCGCAGCACCGUCUGGAGCUCGAGUUCUCCGACUACAUGACAGCUUUCACAACUUGGCAUUUCCUGCAAGCAGGGGGCAGCUCGCAUGUCAGAAUCACCUACUCGGAGGGAUACGAAAAGCAGCCCCGCAUGCGUCCAUGGCUGCGGACCAAGGGCGACCGCACGGAUCCCGACUCCGGAGAGCUCUACGGUCCGUAUGAUAGCGUGACCGUCAGCGGCGAAGCCAGUUACGAACCAUUUUGGUAUCGCGCCUUCCGCUUCCUAGCCAUCGACGUCGACGUGGGGGAGGGCGACCUUACUCUCCAAUCGUUCUGUGCGUCGCAAACCAAUUACCCCCUUCCACUUGUUGGAAGCUGGUCCUCGGCAUCUGUGGUCGAGCAACGUAUCUGGCAAGUGAGCGUGUCAACUCUGCGCGCAUGCCUAUAUGACGGGUACUCGGACUGUCCCUUCUACGAGCAGCUCCAGUGA